AUGGCUGAAGAUAAUAGAGUGGGUCAACUGGAUGACCCCGUACCACCAAUAGUUCCACCUCCUCAAAAUCAAGCAGCUCAACCACGUCUUCGUGACAUCCAAAGACCGGUAAUAGCUAUUAACCCUUCUUGCAUUCAAUUAUCUGAUGCAACUAGGAAUUAUGAACUCAGGACUUUCCAUCUGAAUAUGCUCCCUACCUUUAACGGUUUGGGAAGUGAAGAUGCUUUGGGUUUCAUGCGAGAGCUCUAUAGUACGUCUCUUGUAGAUACUGCUGCAGGUGGAUACACAGGUGAUAAAAAUAGUGAUGAGUUGGAAGCUAUCUAUGAGAACUUAGCUAGUAAUUCUCGACAAAAGGCAGUGAGAGGUCGAAGAGCUGUUGUGCAUGAAAUUAGCACACAAUCUGAGUUGACAACACAAGUGGCUGAAUUGACUAAACAGAUGAACUUAUUGAUGACUCAUGAUAGUUCGAAUAGAGAAUUUUGUUCUUAUUGCAAUACAUAUGGUCAUAAUUUUUCUGUUUGUUGGCGAAACCAUCCUAACUUCUCAUGGAGAGAUCAAGGUAAUGCAGGACCAAUGGGACCACCGGGAUUUCAGCAACAAGGACCAUCAGGAUUCCAGCAUCAGCAAUACAGACCUUUCCAGCAGCCACCUGCACCACAGCAGUCUCAACUUCCUGCUCAGGAGAAGAAGCCUCAAUUGGAAGAGAUGUUCAUGCAAUACAUGGCUAGCCAGGACACGAUGAUGAAGAAAAUGGAUGCAAAAAUUGAUAAGUUUGCUCAAUCCAGCCAAGCAUCCAUUCAUAAUUUAGAGGUGCAAGUAGGUCAGUUGGCUAAAUUGGUUGCAGAAAAAGAUCGAGGUAAGUUUCCUAGUACCACUGAAAUAAACCCUAGGGAAGGAGCUAUGGCUGUCACCUUGAGAAGUGGUAAGAUUUUGAAUGAAGUUCUAAAAGAAAAUGAACCCAUGCGGGUUGAAAAAGAGAGCGAGUGCCUAAAGAGAAUUCUAGUGAUCAAAACCUCAAUUAAUAUUCCUUUUGCAGAAGCACUUGCUAAUAUGCCAUCUUAUGCCAAGUACAUUAAGGAAAUUGUAUCUAAUAAAAAGAAACUGGAAGAGUUUGCUAUUGUGCACUUAAAUGAGGAGUGUAGUGCUAUUCUACAAAGCAAAUUACCUCCUAAGCUAAUGGAUCCAAGAAGUUUUUCUAUUCCUUGCACUAUUGGUAAUACUGUUGUUGAUAAAUGCUUAUGUGAUCUAGGUGCCAGUAUUAACCUUAUGCCUUUAACUCUUUUCAAUAAGUUGGAAAUAGCUGAAAUGAAGCCAACAACAAUCUCUCUUCAACUUGCUGAUAGAUCAGUCAAGUAUCCGCUUGGAGUAGUGGAGGAUAUCUUGGUAAAAGUUGGUAAAUUUUAUUUUCCUGCUGAUUUUCUGAUUCUUGAUAUGGGUAGUGACACAGAUACAUCUCUUAUACUUGUUGUUACAAUCCCUAUUUCACUAGUUAAUCUACGAUUUUCUUUCCUUAGUGCUGCCCAUUUGGGAUACAACUUAUUAAACUCUAUUUCAAAAGAAGAUUCACUUGACUCUAAAUCUUCUGCAGAGAUAUACUCGCCUCCCUCUGAGUCAGCAACAUCUUCAUGA